AUGCAUCUAAACAUACACUAUAUCUAGGUGCACCUAACCAAAAUGACCUGCAAUUUGGGAUGGAGGAAAUAUAAAUCUCUCCCUCUCUUUUUAAAUUUUGCCUCGUUUUUAUGUUUGCACUGAUGAAAAUAUCAUCCGAAAGACAGAUGCCCUCCUAGUCGCUUUUACACUUGGCGUUGGCGAAUCCGUCUCGGCCGCUUGGCCACCCUGGCCACCUCCACUUAGCCCUGCUAAUUGGAUUGGAUUUAAUGGUUUUAAUGGAUUGAGUUUCUUUUGGAAGUUGUUUAUAUUGGUUAUUAAUAGGUUGAUUCAUCAAAUGGCGGCCACCUCCACCUAGCCCUGCUAAUUGGAUUGUGUUUAAUGGUUUUAAUGGAUUAGGUUUCUUUUGGAAGUUGUUUAGAUUGGUUAUUAAUAGGCUGAUUCAUCAAAUGGUUGGUUUGGUUUGGAUUCCUCCUAAGAGAAAUAGUUUGGGAAUGGUUUAGAGUGGGUUGCAUUGGUUUGAUUCACAAAAUAAUUUAAGGAUCCGAUUCUUGAUGUGGACUCAUGUACUGCAUGAAGUAGCUAAUUAUUAAACUAAAUCAUGUCCAACAAAUUUCAAUCAAUUUCAUUAAAAUAUUAAAGUGUGAAAGAGAGGUUUUAGUUCGAGGGUCCGACUCUUGACGUGUGCCCAUAUAUACGUCCAGUUAUACUAUUUUGCACAAAGUAGCGGAUACUUAAACAGAGUCAUCUUCAAUAAAUUUCGAUCAAUUUCGCUAAAUUUUUAAAGUGUGAACGUGAGGUUUUAAUUCUAGGGUCCGGCUCAUGACGCGCGACCCACAUGUAUGUUUAUUCAUACUAUUUUACAUAAAGUAGUGGGCAGUCAAAUUGAGUCAUCUCCAACAAGGUUUGAUGAAUUUCGCUAAAAUUUUAAGGUGUGAAUGUGAGAUUUUAAUUCUAGGGCUCGGCUCUUGAUGUGGGGCCCACAUGUAUGUUUAACCAUAUUAAUUUGCACAAAGUAGCGGACAGUCAAAUUGAGUCAUCCCAACAAAUUUCGAUCAAAUUUGUUAAAAUUUUAUGCUGUGAACGUGAGGUUUUAAUUCUAGGGUUUGGCUCUUAAUGCAGGGUCCAAAUAUAUGUUUAGCCAUACUAUUUAGCACAAAGUAGCGGGCAGUCAGACUCUGUCAUCUCCAACAAAUUUCGAUCAAUUUCGUUAAAAUUGUAAGGUGUGAACAUGACGUUUUAGUUUUAGAGUCCAGCUUUUGACAUAGGACCCACAUGUCGGACUCACAUUUAUUUCAAAUAUAUAUAUAUGAGUGUUUUAUAUGAGCCCAUAGGUUUAUAUAACAAACAUACGAGUUCUAUCAACUAGUAGGGUGGAUUGGCUUGGGUUUAGGUAAUAUGAACUAGCAAAAAUACCCGUGCGUUGCCAUAGGUCGUAUCUGCUCUUAGGUCAAUUUGCUGGUGCGAAGAGAAAGGAGAUUGUUAGGGUCUGUUUUUCUAUUUACGCAGCCACUUGUGUGAGUCUGAUGGCGAUGGAUGAUGGCGCCCUUGAAGCAUGUCUACACUCCUACAUGUACGCUGACUUAUCUUGUCAAGAUCGAUCAAGUCUUCAACCCGAUGACGCCAUACACAAAGAUCUUUCCUCGAUGCUACACCAUAUCCUCCUCCAUUGAUGUCAACGCCUUCAUGCUAUCACCCUGUAUUAGAGGCAGGUUGUAGGUAGAGCCUGCGCUUGAAUGCUCUGCAUAGCAUAGUGGUGAAGGGACUGAGCUAUAGAAAUUAAGUUCCACUGCUGGAUGGCGAUUUUCUUAGAACUUUUCUCUUUUGUUAGGAAAAUUUGAAGAACCGUACGAAGUUACAUGCUAAUGAUUUUUGAUGUUUAAACAACCUGCCAUUGAAUGCAAAUAUACUCAAAUAAAGUUGUAAUGUAGAAAAUAUUAAAUCACCAUGGAUUUGUACGAUGAUGAUAUCAAGCAUUUCUUAUGGUGAUAGUCUAGAAUUGUGAGUACACGGGAAAAAACACAAAGAAAAGCUCCCAUUAUUAUCUCCUCGGUGCUUGCUAUCCACUCCAAAGUCCAUCCUCCGAUUAGGCCCAGAUAACUCCCAUGAUCUCUCGACCUCUGUUUCCCUUGCUACGGUGCCUCGCCGGAUUUCCUUCGCCUCCACCGAUCCCACCUCCCCUUCGCCGCCGCCGCCGCCGCCGCCCCCCGCACCCUCGCCGUACGGAGCAAGGGUCCCGGCGGCCGCGAGCACUCAGCGCCGCCGCCUCCGUCCACGCGGCCGCGCGCUACCACAGGAGCCCGUCGCGCCCUCGGCUCCUCCGCCCGUCCCCGGCGGCGAUCCGGCCGGCCCCGGAACCCUAGGGUUCCGCCGCCGCUGGUAGUUGACACUCCCUCGCGUGGGGCCUCUCUCUCCCUAGGGUUUGUGGGGGAGAGCGAGCAGCAACCAAUGGAGAUUGAGGGAGGAGGAGGCGAAUCGGCGGAGUCCCUUGUCCAUGGCCGCUGCAAGAAGCGGCCUCCUUCGCCUUCUCUUCCGGGCGACGGCGAGGACUCACCCAAGUCUACCACCAGCGGUGAUGAUGGCGACGAAUGGUUCAUUAGCGACGACAGCGGCAGCGAGGAGGAUGAGGAUUACGAAGAUCAGGGGGCAUACCCUCCUUUUACAAGUGAUAAUUUCCCAACGGCUAGUUCUGACUAUGAUGAGCAGGUUGCUGUUUUGUAUACAACUCCAGACAUUAACCGUCGAGGGCCUUCACCAAUCAUGCUUUUCCCUGCAUUCAAAACUGGCUACCAUCUAUUUGGUUCUGAUUAUAAUCUUGCUGAUAAAUCUGAAGUCUCUGUGAGCAAUGAUUGGGAUUGCUCAAAUAAAUGUCAUUGCUAUUCAAUGAACUUGAUUCAAUUCAUUGAUGCCAAAAUUGCUGGUUAUCAACAUACCCAUCCUGGACAUGCCAAGAUCUUUGGCUUUAUUGCGGCGCGAGAAAAGAUCAAGCCUUUGCGCAACUAUGUCUAUAGGCGUAAUAUUGAUAAUUGUGAAGCUGUAUCUGUGAAGCGAAAGACGGGUGUGGCACGUUUAUCACUGAAUAGCCCUGCACGAGUCAUUUCAAUGCCGAGCCGUGCAUUGAUUGAGUUUGAGCUCCAUGCCAUAAGUGAAGAUAAAACUGAUGGUGAUGAUGACCUGAUCAUUGAAGGAUGCACUGAGCUCUGCAACAUGACCUUAUCGGAAUCAUUCAUCCAAAGCCAGCGCCUGUACGGCCAAAGGUGUGCGCUGGAUAUUAAGUACUUGGUGCUGAUCAAUGCAAUGGAAGCUCGGGUCGAUAUCGAGGUCAUUCGUGUCCCUGCCCAUGGCAUCAACCUGAAGCUCCUUGCCAAGACUAGUGGUUUCAGCAAUGUGAUCCGGCUAUUCAGAGGCACUGUUAUGGAGGUGGGCUUCUCGGCGAGCUUUGCUGUCGCCGUGGAGAAACACAACUACCUUGAUCUGUACAUUGAAGGGUCUCAGAGAGAUGAUCUUACCCCUGCGCAGAAGACGCGGCGAAAUGAGUGGUGGCAGUGCGGCUUUGGAUCCCGCUACCAUGGGGUUGAGGAUCUAGUGGCGGAGUUGGGGGAUUUUGCAGCAGUUUCGGUCAAGAUUAGUUUUAAAUCUUACGAGAAGAGGUCUUGAGGCAGCAGCUUUCGUUUAAUAACGUCAUCCAUGUUGAUGGAUUUCCUGGUGGCCGGCUAAACUAAGCUUGUACAAACUGAGUUUUUUCGGACACCGGCGCUUGGGCCCGCUUGUCAUGUGCAUUACGUUAAACUUGUUACUGUAGUUAUUGCGUUAAACUACCUGUGCGUCUCUGAAUCAUGGUCCAUACUGAGCAACGAGGUAUCCGCUUGUCAUGUAUAUUUAUUUUCUUUUUAGGUGGUAUAUAAUCUGUAAUUUUUCGUAGCAAAUCUUCUGUCGUCAUUCAUAUCGUUCAAGUUGGUACAGUGUUCCGGCCAGCACAAUUCAUUCCUGAAUCAUCUCGUUCAA